CAAAAAAAAAAAAAAAAAAAGAAUUGGAGCCAGGAGUAAUGUCAGCAAGAUGGCUGACUAGAGACACCUGCUGCUUGUCCUGCCCAACAAGAAAGGCCCAAGGCAAUGAAUAAACAGCUCACUUUGACUGGAGUGUCGAAGGGAGAGCACUGGAGUACAGUGGGAAUAGGAUGAAUCUGCGGUGAUAGAAGUCCGGAAGAGCAGCAUGGAGGCACCCGGCCUCUACAGCCCCAUCUGCUUUUCCCAAAUCAGAUUGGCCUGAAGACAGGAGGGACUUCCUGUUGUGGAGAAAAGGUAAGCAGAUCCCCACCAGCCUUCAUUAUCUUGACAAACACCUAUAGUCCUUUCUACAGGAGAACCCCACAGUUCUCACAAGCCCUGAGCCCCGUUUGGAGAGCUGCCUGGAAUUCAUGCAGCUGCACUGCCUUGGAUUAGGAGUGUAAGGUGUGCACUCCCCACCCCCACCCACUCCCUGUGAGCGAAGCUGCUGCAGCAUAGCCCCAUCUUGACAGCAGAGCCACCUGUGGAGUGCACCCUCCUCCCAGGGUCAGCAGCCACCCCAGCACUGGGGCUCCAUUUUCAUUACGCCAAGCCCACAAGGGUAGCUGGAUGCCACAGCCCUAGCUGUGCAGAGCUUGGGCCCAGGAUCAGCUGUAACUCUGGUCCUGCAAAGCAGGGAAACCAAUUCCCACCACCAUACAUCCAGCUAGAGAAAGAGUCUGCCGGUCUCGCCCAGGGCAAACUGUCCAUGAGCUAGCCAAACCACUGUGUGUCCUCCCACAUAUGGGAGCUGAGAUGCCCCAGGCCAGCAGAGUAGCUACACUAGAACUAGCCCUGCAGCACGCCUGCCCCCAACAGUCAUGCUCCUGACCUGCCCAGUGGGCCUGUGUCUCCGAUAAGAGCUUAAGAAAGAGUCCUGUAGGUCACUACUGGUGGCACGUCUCCAGGGCAGCCAAGCAGCCAAGAGCCCAUAUCCCGGACUUAAAAAGCAGUCCCGCAGGCUGCCCCUUGUGGGCGUGCCCCUGAGCCAGCUGAGCAGCCAUGCACUUGAAUCCCAGACCUGAGAAACAGCCCUGUGGGCUGCCCCUGACAGUCAUCCCCCAGGACAACUGACCAGCUGUGUGUCCGUGUCCUAGAUUGAGAAACAGCCCUGCAGGCUGCCUGUAGUAGACACAACCACAAGCUGACUAAGCAGUCCUGUGCUCCUUGCCCAGGCCUACGAAAUAAUCUCAUGGGCCCACCCACAGAAAUGCCCCUAGGCCAUUUGAGCAGCAAUGCAGAUAUGUCACAGGUCUGAGAAAUAGCUUUGUGCCCAACCCAGGCAGCAGAGCAGUCAUGCACCCAUGCACUGGAUCUGAGAAAUAACCUGCGGGCCACCCCCAGCAGACGUGCCCCUGGGCCAGCCAAGCAGACUUGUGCCCACAUCCUGGGCGUGAAAAGCAGCCCCAUGGGCCGCCAAUGGCAGACAUGUCUGCAGGCCAAUCAAACAGUUGUGUACCAGCAUCCUGAGCCAGAGGAACAGCCCCCUGGACCAUCCUCAGCAGAUGUGCACUCACACCAGCCAAGAAGCCAUGUGAUCACGUCUUGAGCCUGAGAAACCUCAGGGACCACCCCCAACAAACAUGCCCCAGGCCAACUGAGAAACUGGGCAGCUGUGUCCUGGGCCUAAGAAACUCUGUGAAUCACCCAGAGCAGACACACCCUAGACCAGCCAAGCAGCUUUAUGCCUGCAUCCUAAACCAAAGAAAGCAUGUUGUGGGUCACCCCUGGCAGACACAUCACCAGGCCAGCCAAGCAGCUGUGUGCCCAAAGUCCCACAAACCGAGAUGCGCCACGGCUUUGGUAGCAACGGCAGCUCCAGCCGGGCCUGAGCUGUGCUGGCACCUCCCAGGGGACCAUUGCAGUUGGCCAGCCCCUUUCUCCAUGGUAACCAUGUGUGACCGAAAGGCCGUGAUAAAAAAUGCGGACAUGUCGGAGGAGAUGCAACAGAACUCAGUGGAGUGCGCUCCUCAGGCGCUGGAGAAAUACAACAUAGAGAAGAACACUGUGGCUCAUAUCAAGAAAGAAUGUGACAAGAAGUACAAUCCCACCUGGCAUUGCAUCCUGGGGAGGAACUUCAGUAGUUACGUGACACAUGAAACCAAACACUUCAUCUACUUCUACCUGGGCCAAGUGGCCAUUCUUCUGUUCAAAUCUGGUUAAAAGCAUGGACUGUGCCACACACCCAGUGGUCCAUCCAAAAACAAGGACUGCAGCCUAAAUUCCAAAUACCAGAGACUGAAAUUUUCAGCCUUGCUAAGGGAACUCCUCGAUGUUUGAAUCUUUGUUGUGUUUUGUACAGGGCAUUCUCUGUACUAGCUUGUUGUGGUUACAAAACAAUUAGCACAAUAGCCUACAUCUGUAUUUAUUUUCUAUUCCAUACUUUUGCCCCACGUUGUUUUCUCUCAAAAUCCAUUCCUUUAAAAAAUAAAUCUGUUGCAGAUGUGAAAAGAAAAAAAAAAAGUCCCACAAACCAUUCCUGGCAGGCACACCCCAAGGCCAACUGAGCAACCAUGUGUGCAUGCCCCCAGCCAGAGUAACAACCCUGUGACCUAAACCACAGUGAGCCAAACCCCAAGUUGGCUGACCCACUGUGUGCAUACACACACACACACCAGGCCUGAGAAACAGUCUGGGAAGCCCAACUCCAACUCCAGCAAAGCCACAUCAUUAUCACAAAUUCUCUCAGCCUAGACCACUGAGAAACACACAAAUGCCACUAGUAUGGAUUACAGCUGAAGAGACUAAAUGGAGAGUACACUACUGUACAUACCUAGAAUCAAGGUCAAUGCACCCCACGGAACUGACACCCAAAGGUUUAUUGGUACAAAUAAGUGUUUCCCUAUGAAGCCUUCUUCAUAAAACUGGAAAACAUAACUUUUCCACCAGAUGUGUAGAAAUCAAUGUAUGAACACAUCAACCAUGAAAAGGGGAAAGAAACAUGUCACUUUCAAGGAAAACAAUACUUCUCUAGUAACAGACUCUAAUAAAACAAUAUGAAAUGACAGAAAAAGAAUUCAAAAUAAUAAUCUUAACCUCAAUAAGAUGCAAGAGAAUACAGAUAGACUAUUUAAUGAAAUCACAAAAAUCAGUUUAUUAUUUGAAUGAGAAAUUCAACAAAAAGA